AUGAUGUAUGCGUUCACUAACCAGACGUGUGAUAGAGUUGUUUCAUCGCAAUCUCACGACAAGUAUUGGUCGCAAACACUAUAUCUUAAGACUCGAGUCAUUCAUCCCUUCAUUGGAUUAGAGUCGAGAGGUGGUCGCGGCGGUGGAGGUGGCCGGGGAUACAGUGGCGGAGGCGGUGGUGGUCAACGGGGCAGAGGGGGAAGAGGUGGCGGUGGCGACGGUCCUCAACGCCAGAACGUACCCGAUGUCCGCGCGUUAGCACAACGGGUGUCCCAAUUGGCAAUCGGUGGCAGCGGAACGACGCCCAGAGAGCCGACACCGCGCGGAACAUUAGGCGCUGAAAUUGAACUGAUUGUCAAUCUGUAUCCCAUCACCGGUUGGGAACAGAUAUCGUUGAAUCUGUACGAUAUAGACAUACGUCUGCCGCGAAACGAUGGCCACGGCUUUGUGCAGAUGACUGCGGGUCCGGCCGGCGGUCAGAACGCCCGACGCGUUCGCGACGAGCGAAAGGCCGACAAUAUUCGUGUCGUACAGCGAAUGGACACCGAAUGGCGCGAAGCGUUUGGCGGACUUUUGUACGCUUUCGACGGCCAGAGGUUUCUGUACGUCAGUCAACAGUUACCGACGGUGGCGGCGGCGCCCAUCACUCGGACAGUGACUAUACAAUUGGACGGCUUCCCGGAGCAGACAUUUGAGGUGCGAAUCCAAUACGUGAGAGCGGUAUCGAUGGCACCAUUGGUCGAGUACUUCAGUGGCCAUAACCCUGCGGCCAAUGCCGAAGACUUUCGCGAAUCUAUACAAGCGUUGGAGAUAGUGAUGCGUUAUAUGCCGGCCCAGACUCUGGUCCUUGUCUUUAGGAAUCUCUUUUCACGCGAUGGCCGCCGACAAGUGGCCGCUAACGUCGAGAUAGCCGCCGGUCAUUCGCAGGCCAUUUACGUAACCGAAUCGGGAGUGACGGCAAACUUUGACCGCGCGUUCACUUUGAUGGUCACCGGCGGCCCUCUGACCGCAUUCAUUGAACGAGAAUUAAAUAUACGUGACAUUCGGAACCAUAGGUUCACCGCAGAGGAUAUCCGAAGAGUUAGCGCCAGGAUUAACGGCCUCACGAUGUAUACAAAUCACAUACUGAACAACGGUGUGCCCCAAAGGCGUAACAUAACGAUGAAUUCAAUGGUGGCCGCGAGAGUACACGAACACACGUUUACCGAUGGCAACGGACAGUCCGUUACCGUCGAGGCAUACUUUCGGGACACUUACCCACACACCGGCCAACUGCUACGCAAUGUGGGCCUCAUUAAGGCCCGGAAUGGCAACUACUUUCCGGUAGACGUGUGUCACGUUCCCGAUCAGCCGAUGCCUCGCCGUAUGGUUACGCCUGAGAUGACACAACAAAUAGUGAGAAGCGCUAACAGUCAGGACCCGAGCACUCGCUUCGGUCUAAUACAGCAGUCGGCCGAAGAGGUAGAGGCCGUGAGUCGCGCACUGAUGGCCAGCUUUGGCCUUGAGCUCAAUUUAGUACCGAUUAAACUGACCGGACGUGUGCUGCCGGCGCCCCGACUCCUGGGCAAUCAGCGGGGGUUAGAAAGUGGCCGACCGUUAAAUCGGUGGGCGUUUUUCAACUACUCACAGGCCGUAGACGACAAUUAUCAGGAAUAUUACGACAACUUUUUCCCAGAGCUGAUCCGCAACGCGCGUGAAAAUGGCAUCACUAUUGUCGACCACCCGGUGGUCAAUGAGUCCCAUAGACUCACUCGGGAAACGAUCGAAGCAGAUAUCGCGCAAUACAAAGACCUCGACAUGAUAUUCAUAUGUCUUCCGGUGACACCGAUAUACAAAGCGGUCAAACGCUAUGGCGAUCGCGUUUACGGAGUGGCCACUCAGUGCAUACUCGACCAGAACUUGAUGCGCACACCGCGCGGCUAUUUCCGCAAUUAUGUCUACAAAACUAAGGCCAGAACUGGCGGUCAGAAUCAAGUGCUCGCCCCUGAGUGCCGACCAUCGGCUUUACUCGGCGGUAGUAGUGGCCAACAGCGGUCCACAAUGGUUGUGGGCGUCGACGUGAUUCAUUCGGGAGUCGGUCAGAACCAAUGCCCGUCCAUCGCGGCUUCAGUGGCCAGUAUUGACCGGGAGUUUAGCGUAUAUCACGAGACGGUUGCCGGACAGCCGCCCAACACUGAACUGAUUCCCACUUACGAUCAGAUGUUUGUCAAACACCUGAAGGCAUAUCAGGCGAAGAAUAACAACUCUCUGCCGCAGAGUGUGAUCCUAUACCGCGACGGUGUGUCCGACGGACAGUUGGAUCAGGUGUUGGCCGUAGAGAUACCGCUCAUCCGGAAGGCGUACGACUCGAUACAAAAGGGCUUUCAAUUCAAAUUGACGGCGUUUGUGGUGCAGAAGAGACAUCACAUCAGGUUUAUGCCAUUCGCGCGCACCAACGAUGCCAGGGGUCGGGAGAUACGCAAUAUACCCGCGGGAACUGUUGUGGACCACACCAUAACACACCCCCUGCGUGACGAGUUUCAUCUGUGUUCGCACAACGGUUUACUCGGUACUUCACGUCACGCUAAAUACGUGUGUCUUCGCGAUGACCACAAUCUCACUGCAGACCAGAAGCAGCUCAUGUCGUACAACCUGUGCCACACGUACUGCCGGUGCGCGACGCCCAUCUCGAUACCGGUGCCCGUGGCUUAUGCCGAUCUGUUGGCCACUCGCGCCAAAGUGAUCGUUGAGGACCAGAACCUGCCGUUCCAGCCGCGGGUCAGAGACGAGACACCCGACCAGAGACGGGCCCGCGAGGCGGCCAAUGUUGCGCUCCUCAAUGCUAAUGUCGAGGCCCACAGGAAUGUGAUUUAUCUGCCCUUUUAUGCUUAAACUUUAAUCGCUUUUAAUCUCAAUUCAAUGCUUUAAUUUCUAUUUUGUUUUUCACGAUUUGAGGUUAAUUUGUUUUUUGCUUUGCUUUCAAACCUUGUUUUUGUGUCUCGAUUGACCUUUAAUUAUUAUUUGGACUUUUAAUUAGUUCCCUAAUCUAUAAUCUUCUUAAUCUUAAUGAUUACAAACCCUUUUGUUUGGUUUAUAAU